UUUUCUGUACACUGGAUAGCAAGAGCACCAGACUUACGUACGUAUAGAGAAAUUUUCCAUAGGGACUUCCGAUUUCUCGAAUUCUCACAAUCGAGAAUGGCAUUUGUUGAACAGAUGCUUCUUGGGCUUCUCAUCAUCCUGGUUGGCAUGGCAACCGCAUCAGUGUCCAUUGGGGAUCCUCUUCAAGACAAUGACGACUUUCUUUGGGAAGAGACCCCCAGCCGAGAUGUUGUGGAUCACACCGACAUGCUGAACUUUGACCCAUCCACCAGGACAAUGCGGAAUAAAAGCCCAAAGAAUGAGAAAAAAUACUCGGCUUUGAUUGAGGAGUGUCGGACGGAUCUCAUUCAGUGUCGUCAGAACCUGGCCGAUUUCCAUGAGAAGACGCUCAUUGAUGCGAUGUAUGAUAAAAAUGAGGCCCAUGAUAAGGUGGGAAGUUGCAAGAAGGAGUUGACCACAUGCCAGGAGGAUCUAGCUGAUUGUAAGUUGGGUUAUAACAUCAAUAUGCCGGCCCCAGCGGAUGAAUCGCUGGAGUCACCCUGUAAACUGGAACAGAUGUUCUUCCGUCGGUUUGCCAAACGUUUCAUCAAUUUGCUGAUUGCUGAGAGCACAGAUGACAAGGAUUCUCCACUUGAAGCAGAAAUCCGAGUGGAGCUUGGUACCUACAGCUGGAGCAAACUCCGUCAGUUUGUCCAGCAGAAAGGAAAGGUCAAACUAGUGGAUGCUCAUGACCUGAUGGACGAUAUGCUGGUCAGCGCUCGCCAUGACAACAUGACAGACAAACCCGGCUGGCUGGAAAGGAUGACAGGAAUGGAUCCGACAAACAUUAAAUUUUAUGUCCUGCUGUUUCUCCUCAGCGUCAUAGUGAUUGUAUUCGAGUCCAAGACGCAGGCAACAUGGUGGCAGCAACUUAGUGCUGUCUUUGUUGUCUUGUUUCUCAUCAGCGUCGGCUGGAACUGGAUCUACCUCUACAAGAAAGAGUUGGCGCAUAAGAUUUCCAACAUGCAGAAAGACAGAGAGAUGCCAGCGCAUUGUACGCCAGACAAGAUGACGUGGUGGGAUUCCAUCAAGGAAGUCUUCCGCAAACAGUUGACCUUCCAGGAAGACGCUUGUGAUGUCUAUCAUGAGAACAUCCUGGUGGAUCCUAUUUAUGAAGUGCCUCCAACAAGGGCAAUCUCCCACACUGUCUCUGUCAUGUUCAUGGAGCCGUUGAAACCUUUAGGCAAGCACAUCGCGGACUUCAACCGCGAGCUCUUCAGGGAUCUGCCGUACUUUGCUUGGAUCCCGGCUUUCUUAACAGUGCCAGUCAUUGUGGUUACCAUAUGCAUAGCGAUGUACUACUGCCCGUGCCUGGGCCGCAGGAGGAAAGAUGUUGCAGCUCAGGAGAGAGUCCGUCAAUUGGAGGAUCAGUUGAGAGAAAGAGACGCCAUCGAUCGGAGACGGGAAAGGCUUCAAGAAUUGGAGUACCCUCGGAAGGUUGGCUACCAAGUUGCCCAACCAGCACCCAUGCCGGCCCUGAACCCAUACAUGGACGGGGGACACCUCCAAGAUAUUCCACAAGCCCAACACCAGCGUCACCAAUAUCCCAAUCAACCUUUGGCUGCUGAGGAACCACCAGCCAGGGUGAGGCGCAGACCACGUGGCAGCAGUGAAUCUGAUGUUCUCCAGCAACGCCAGCCGCGACAGGCUCUCAACUUGGGUGCCCACGGGGCCCUGAGCGCCCCCUACCAUGGCGACGUAUCCGGCGGUGAUGACUCAUCUGAUGAUGCAGAUGAUCUCCGGGGGCAACGCCCUCGUGGUCUCCAUCUUGACGGAGUUCAGGGUAGGAGGGUUUCCCCAUCCAGGGUUGGUGUAUCUCGGGCGGCUUCGGAUGAGCGAUUGAGAUCCAAGAGAACAGAGAUUCAGGGACUGCCAGUAGAGUGCCCCAACUCAGAGCUGGAUUCUAUGGAAGAACGCUCCAAUUCUAGAAAGGCUGCCAAAACACAGGGUCCGUCAGAAGCAAGCCAGAAAGCCAGUGAGUACAGGACGGCAGCAAAAGGUGGUAGCUGCCAAGGCGAAGGACUGUCUGCAGACAAAGGCAUGGUUGGGGGAAUGGAACCAGAAGAGGAAGCUAAAGUCAGAAAGGAGAAGCCAAAGUCGGGAGAGGUUGCUGACACCGUCUCAGCUUCCAUCACUCCCUCUUCAUCCACUGAUUCAGAACCUUUUGUGACCUCAGCUCCGGGUUUGGACAGCCCUUCCAGUGUCUCGGUCAUUGAGGGGGACUCCAGCCCGGCCUCAGGGGGCAGCGUGGAUGGCGACACUCAUCUGCAGGGGUUAGGGAUGUCCCUGAGUGGUAGUAUCGAUAUCAUCGAGCCUCUGGGGCCUCUGGGAGGGGGAGGGGAAGGGGAUAGGAGUGAGGAUGGGCAGGAAUCAGAUGAGUUUGAGGUGCUGUCCAGAGAGCAAUGCCAGGCAGAAGAUAUGGAAUAAAGAGCCAGAUCAGCAGUUAUAAUGUGGGGAGUGUGGCCUAGUGGUUACGGUUCGUGUCUCACGAUCAGAGGGUCAGGAGUUCCAAUCCAGCUGCUGGUCGUAUGUUGUGUCCCUGG